AUGGAAAAAUUGGUACUUGCACUCCUUACGGCAAAGAAGAAGUUACGACAAUAUUUUGAAAGCCACACCAUCAUUGUAUAUACGGACUAUCCAUUAAAGCAAAUAUUGAGUAAGCCCGACCUCUCUAGAAGGUUAUCUAAAUGGGAAAUUGAGCUAGGGACGUAUGAUAUUCAGUUCUCGCCACGAAAAGCAAAAAAAGGACAGGUACUAGCUGACUUCCUAGUUGAAAUUCAGUCGUUCACCCCUGACACUCUACCAGAAUUGUUAGAGUCAGAAAAUCAAUGGGUGUGGACGAUGCAUACUGACAGAGCAUCCAAUUCCCAAGGGGCUGGUAUUGGCAUCGUAUUAGAAGCUCCCUCGGGCCUCAAAAUCGAAGAAGCCAUUCGUUUAGAGCAAUCCACGACAAAUAAUGAAGCAGAAUAUGAGGCACUAAUCUAUGGUUUAGAACUAGCACGAGAAAUGGGCAUCCAACGUCUGAAUGUCAGAGGAGACUCACAGCUUAUGAUAGAGCAAGUGGCUGGAAAUUUCGAUACUAAAGCACCCCAUCUGGCUAGCCUUCUACAGAAGGUAACUGACUUGCGAUCACAUUUUCACCAGUUUGAACUCAUACAAGUACCUAGGGAACAAAAUCAGAAGGCCGAUGCCCUUGCCAAAUUAGCCUCUGCAGGAGGUUGCACACGCCAAUCAUCCAUAUCUAUAAGUCGAUCAAGCAAAGACAUGGAAGUCUAUUCAACCUCAUCAGAACCUGAAUGCUGGAUGGAUCCAAUCAUACGAUACUUAUCCACCUCCGAACUCCCACCUAAUCCAAAAGACGCAAAACUUAUGCGCCUUCGGGCACAACGCUAUUCCAUAAUACAUGGGACGCUAUACCGCAAGUCCUUCAACAGCCCCUACCUACGGUGUUUGCGUCCAUCAGAAGCUAAAAAAUUGCUGGAAGAGAUACAUGAGGGGACAUGUGAACUACCUAAGACUGCUGGAGGAAGAUGGUAUGCUCUUGUAGCCACUGAUUACUUCACGAAAUGGGUUGUGGCAGAGGCAUACGUCACAGUCAGCAAAACAGACACUAUGUCCUUCAUCUGGAAGCAUAUCAUAUGUCAAUUUGGGAUACCAUGGGAGAUAGUCGUGGACAAUGGAACUCCGUUCCAAAAUGCAAAGGUACAAGAACUAUGCGACACAUACAAGAUCAAGCUUAGCUUUGCCUCUAUCACUUACCCACAAGGCAACGGUCAAGCAGAAGCUUCCAACAAAGUUAUCUUUGCCAACAUUAAGAAGAACUUGGAAGAUAAAAAAGGAGCAUGGGCAGAAGAAUUACCAAAAGUGUUAUGGGCAUAUAGGACAACAAAAAGAUCCUCCACGGGAGAAUCCCCCUACGCCAUGGUAUAUGGAACAGAGGCCAUCAUCCCAACAGAAGUAGGCCUACCUACACUUCGGUCAGAGAUCGCAUCUGAUCAAACAACAAACAACAUUCAACUACUGCACAACCUAGACCUUCUAGAAGAAAUACGUACGGUGGCACAAUUACGACUAGAAAAUUAUCAAAAGGCUGCAGAGCGCUACUACAACAAAAGAGUCCACUCACGCACAUUUCGGGAAGGCGAUUGGGUUCUGUGCAAGGUCACAGGCAACAAGAAGAAGCUAGAACCUAAUUGGGAAGGGCCUUUCAAAAUCAUAAAAACACUAGGUAGAGGGUCUUACACCCUAAAGAACGUACGUAAUGGAAAAGUCGUACCCCGUACUUGGAAUUCAAUGUCUUUGAAACAAUAUUAUUGUUAA